AUUGCUUAUUUCCUACACAAAUGAAGGAUUUAAAGACGACGUUUGUCAUCAAAAUCAUAUGAUAUAAUAAUGGCGAACAGUGGAGAUGGCGAAUCAGCUUCUCAUAACCAACCAUCACCCGAAACGAUUGAUAGAAUCCAAACUACUAUAUAUGGACAAUGUAUUGGGGAUGCAAUCGGACUUCUCACUGAGUUCUUAUCAAAGGAUGAAGCAAAGAUGCAUUAUGGAAAAAAAGCCAAAAAGAAAUUAGAAUAUCGACAUAAAAAGAUCGUUGAUGAUUUUCACAGAUCAAGAUGGAGAGAAGGCGACUGGACAGAUGACAGUGACCAAAUGAUUCUCAUUAUGAGAUCUUUAGUAGACUGUGGUGGUAAGGUAGAUCCAGUUGACUUUGCUAAAAAGUUUAAAACCUGGAUUAAGAGUGGUUUUAGUGAGUGUGGUGAUUUGUGUGGAUUGGGUAUAGGUCUUACAACAAUGAUGGUAACGUCACGCCCGGACUUCAUUGAAGACCCACACGAGGUAGCUCGAUUUGUUUGGGAUACACAUGAUAGAAAUAUUGCUUCCAAUGGUGCUGUAAUGAGGACCUCUAUUGUUGGUAUUCACAUGUACUGGAGUUUAGAUGAUGUGACAAAAAAUGCAAGGGAUUUUGCAAAAACAACACAUCACGAUCCAAGGUGCCAGGCUUCAACAGUAGCUGUGUCUGUUGCUAUAGCGACCAUGUUACAAGGAAAGCACAUGGACAAAAAUGGCAAUUUCAUAGUCAAAGAUAUAAUACAAGACGCCUACAAAUAUGCAUCAACGUGUUUAGAAACGGACACAGAAAAGAGAGACCUUAUGUUUUAUUUGACAUGUGAAAAUAUCGAAGAUUUGAAAUUAGAUGAAGCCAAAAAAAUUGGCUACACAUAUAAAUCCAUGGGUACAGGAUUUUGGUCAUUAAAGCAAGAUGAUUUCCGGAAGACAAUCACAAAUAUUGUGAUGCAGGGAGGAGAUGCCGAUACAAACGCCUGUGUCGGAGGUGCUUUACUGGGAUGUAAACUAGGUAUGUCUGCUUUACCAAAGUCGUGGGUGACGAAACUUUUACAUAAGGAGUGGUUGGAUAAUGAAAUAAAAAAGUAAGUUAACUGUAUA